UUUUAACGUAACCAAGGUUCAAUUUUGCUCAUUUGGCUUAACAGAGAGAUUGAGAUCGUUAAUUAUUUCUGCGAAAAUUGAAAGUUUGAAAAAAGAAUCAGAAAAGGAUGAGAAGGCGGCCUGGAAUCGGAGGGUUGCAGACAGCUGCAGCAGCAAGGGAUCAGUAUCGGUUGCUUGGUGAGAAUGUCGCAAAGAUCAGAACCGAUUUGAUGAAGGAACAGCUUGCCACUUUUCGAUCCCAGCUUGAAGAUUUUGCUCGCAAGCACAAGAAUGACAUCCGCAAGAACCCUGCGUUCAGAUCACAGUUCCACGAGAUGUGUGCUAAAGUUGGAGUAGAUCCAUUGGCCUCAAAUAAAGGUUUUUGGGCAGAGCUUUUAGGAAUUGGUGACUUCUAUUAUGAACUUGGAGUUCAAAUAGUCGAUAUUUGCUUGGCAACUAGACCACACAAUGGAGGACUGAUCAACCUUCAGGAACUCUGCCAUCUCCUUCGUCAGAGACGGAAAAGUGAUAGGGGAGUUGUUUCUGAGGAUGAUUGCCUGCGUGCUAUCAGCAAACUAAAGGUGCUGGGUAGUGGUUUUGAAGUUUUUUCAGUUGGUAAAAAAAAGCUUGUCCGUUCAGUUCCAACUGAGUUGAACAAAGACCACAAUGAAAUUCUAGAGCUUGCCCAGGCUCAAGGAUAUGUGACUGUUGAAGAAGUAGAGAGGCGGCUAUCUUGGACUUCGGGCCGUGCUAUUGAUGCACUUGAUACAUUACUUGAUGAAGGACUUGCGAUGAUCGAUGAUGGCCAUCGAGAUGGUAAACGGCGUUACUGGUUUCCCUGUGUAUCUCCCAUCUCAUCUUCAAUAGGAGUUGAUUCCUAACAAUUAAUUUAAUCAGGGAAAAAACACCUAGGUCAGAUUUUUUAUGACCUAUUUUUUUUACUCUUGCAAACGUGCAAGUUGAAACCUGUUGUGUCCUUAUUUACUUUGUCCUAAAAUGUGCAAUUCAUUUUCAGUUUAUCUAGUUCACAGAAUAUGGUGUUUAGUUACCUGAAAUAUGUACUUAAUCUUCUACAAGUGCUGCUGAACAAUGAAGUAUUCAUGUACAAAAACUAGCUCCUAUGAGCUAUUGAUAAAGCAGGGUGGUACCAAAACCAAUAUACUAUCUGAAACU